GUCAAUGUCAAAGGGUUCAUUCAUUUCUCACUCAACGGCUUCCUUUUUCUCUAUAGUUCAUACUUCAGACAUUCGACCACGACGCAACGCAAAGUCACCUCAAGAACACUCGCAAUCAUAACAACUGGUUGAAUCUCUAUAUACGACCCACAGGACUAACUUGCGCAUAUUAGAAGGAAGGAUCCAAUAGGACGUUAAAAAUUGUUUCUGACCCCUUCAGAACAAACAUAAACUCGAGGAAAAUUGGUUGCAUUAGAGAUUCUUGCACAGGCAUAAGAAAGCUGUGAAGCUUAUACGGAAUCUGCAAACGAACGGACAACGAAUAGGACGAAGCGAAAGAAAACGUGCGCUACCUAGUCUAGAGACUGCAUCUGCGACUAUAACUACGAUUGCGCAUCUGAGAGGAGGCUCGUCUAAAGCUGCGACUGCGACAGUUAGUCAACGAAACGAAGGAAACAGAGAAGAAGAAAAAGAGAAGAUAAAAUGGCGACAAAUUCGAUUAAGUUACUCACGGGUAACAGCCAUCCUCAGUUGGCGAAGUUGGUUGCUGAUAGAUUGGGCAUUGAGCUUGCAAAGACUAUGAGCUUGAACUACUCAAAUCAAGAGACCAGCGUCACAGUAGGAGAGAGUGUCAGAGAUGAAGAUGUCUUCAUCCUCCAAUCCACCGCACCCGGCGAUAUCAAUGACGGACUUAUGGAACUCCUCAUCAUGAUCAAUGCUUGCAAAACUGCCUCCGCACGUCGCAUUACAGCUGUCAUCCCCAACUUCCCCUACGCACGCCAAGAUAAGAAAGAUAAAUCCCGCGCUCCCAUUUCUGCGAAACUCAUUGCAAACAUGUUGCAAACGGCUGGCUGUAAUCACGUUAUUACUAUGGAUUUACAUGCAAGUCAAAUUCAAGGGUUCUUCAAUGUCCCGGUCGAUAACUUGUAUGCGGAACCAAGUACCUUGAGAUGGAUCAGAGAGAAUUUGGAGGUUAGCAAGUGUGUGGUUGUUAGUCCGGAUGCCGGUGGUGCUAAGAGAGCAACUUCCAUAGCCGACCGCCUUGACCUUGGGUUUGCCCUUAUUCACAAGGAACGCGCUCGUCCUAACGAAGUAUCCCGCAUGGUCCUUGUCGGUGACGUCGUGGACAAAAUUGCCAUUCUCGUAGACGACAUGGCCGACACCUGCGGUACCCUCGUCAAAGCCGCCGAAACAGUCAUGGAACAUGGCGCCAAGGAAGUCGUCGCCAUUGUAACUCACGGAAUCUUGAGCGGAGCAGCAAUCGAAACAUUAAACAAGAGUAAAUUAAGCAGAGUCGUUGUAACAAACACAGUUCCUUUAAGAGGAAAGGAGGAGACAUGUGGGAGAUUGAGAGUUAUGGAUAUCAGUGCGACAUUAGCGGAGGCAAUCAGGAGGACGCAUAAUGGAGAGAGUGUGAGCUUUUUGUUCACCCACGCACCUAUGGAUUAAAGGGGCUAUGAGUCGUGGCCGCGAGGACAUCGUGGAAGAUAAAAAAAUGGAUUUUCUUAGGUUCAAGUCGGGAUUUGUGGGCAUGCAGAUAGAAUUUACUAGGAAAGGGAAAGAUGGCACUUGCGGAUUGCAGAAGAUGGUUCUCUUUUUGUAAUGCAACAUCCGCUUUGCAUGGGGACGUAGAAGGGCUUACACACGUUUUAAACUUGUUAAAUAGCGUCUUUCCAUAUAUACAUAGGUGCAAGGGAAAUCAAAUCAGAGAAAAAGUAAAUAGAUCA